AUGCCUUACCCAGAUUUUGAUUGUGUAUCUUCUUCCAAUAAUCGUUUGAUUGCUGAGGAGUUAUCUUACGACAUCACAAGUCUUCAAAACGAAUUUCAGACACUGAUUGAUUCAUUAACAAAUGAACAACGAGGUGUUUUUGAGGAUGUCAUGGAAGCAAUUGGAGAUAAUAAAGGAGGACAAAUUGUUUUGACUGUUGCUUCAAGUGGUAUUGCUUCUUUGUUACUAACCGGAGGUAGAACAACACACUCUCGCUUUGGUAUUCCAUUGAAUCUUACUGAAAAUUCUAUUUGCUCUAUAAAUCGAGACAGUGAUGCUUCCAAAUUACUAAAACAAACAUCGCUGAUUAUUUGGAAUGAAGUGUCGAUGGUUCAUAAGCAUGCAUUUGAAGCAUUGGAUCACACUUUAAGGGAUGUUUUAAGUUUUGGUAAUGUUAGCAACUCACAUAUCACAUUUGGAGGUAAAGUAAUCGUAUUUGGAGGUGAUUUUAGACAAAUUCUACCAGUUGUUCCUAAUGGUAGCAGACAAGAAACUGUCAACGUGUCGUUAAGUUCUUCAUAUAUAUGGACAAAUUGCAAAGUUUUAAAAUUAACGAAGAAAAUGAGGUUGACUGUUGAAAAAGAUCCGUCUGAAAUACAACAAACAAGGUUAUUUGUAAAUUGGCUCUUGGAUACAGGAGAGGGAAAUGUCGGUGGUUCUAAUGAUGGUGAUGCAGUUAUUCGUAUUCCUGAAGAUAUUCUUAUUACUCAUUCUUUUGAUCCUAUAGGUUCAUUAAUUGAGUAUGUAUAUCCAUCAUUUCUUGACAACUUGAACGAUCCCAAAUAUUUUGAAGAAAGAUCAAUACUUACACUGAAACAUGAAGUUGUUCAAGAAAUAAAUGAUAGUCUACUUUCAUUGUUUCCUGGAGAAGAAAAAGAAUACCUCAGUUCAGAUAGCGUCUGCCAGACAGAGUUUAUUUCACAAUCAGUUUGA